UGCUACUAAAAUUCACCACGUACUUCAAUUUUUUAUCCAAUAUUCUACCUUCUUCACUUACCAUCAGUGCAGAAACAAUCAUGUCUGCAACUCGGUUUCUACGAAAGAUGUCGCUGCGCAAUAGCAGCCCCCAACGAGCAGCUUACCUCGCGGCGCUGGGUCUCGUCGGGAUCCAGGUCGGCAUAGGCGUUAUCAUGAAGACUGCCCAGAGCGGUGGUUCCUAUGCUUUUUCACCAUCAGGGUCAAUCACCAUCUCUGAGUUUCUCAAGCUAAUUCUCUCUACGAUAUUCUUCUACCGGGAGUGCAAGACUAGGGCGCAGACGGGCGUUGGGCCGUCUACACGAGGCUCGGAUACUGCGUAUGCGUCGCUGUCGGGCGAUAAUACGGAUUUGGAGAUCCAAGAUAAAGACGGGGACUCCUCAUCACUGACGAUGCUGGACUCAGAGGAUGAGGAGGCGAGGGAGGCUGGGCCUUCGUCGCCGCCACUACCUUUUGGUCUGCGGACCUUUUGGGGGUAUGUUCGUGGUGAGGUGAGGGACGAUGUGCGGUUUGGUUUCUACAACUUGGCGCUCAUUUAUAUUCUCAUCAACAACUCGCUCUUCUUGAGUUACAAGAUGGCGGACCCAGGCACCAUUCAACUCACAAAAAGCGGCGUCACCCUCAUCACAGCCUUGGUCAUGAUUGCAACUCUCAAUCAACAGGUGUCCAAGACUCAAUGGAUGGCAAUCACCAUGCAGCUUAGCGGCCUCAUCGUUACGCAAUAUCAACCUGGCAAGGGCGCCCUCUAUCCACUCGACACAUACGCCCUUCUUCUUUUCCAGGUCUUUCUCAGCGCUUCAUCGGGCGUGUACAACCAGGUUCUUCUCAAAGCCGACGACUCCAGCCUUCAUGCCAACAACAUGAUUCUGUACGCCUCGGGCACAGUCGUCAACCUCGUCUGUCAUAUAACCAUCAAAUGUAUAAGCUCCAACGAACCGGGUUUCUUUGAGGGAUACGGGAGUAUUCAUGCCAUCUUGGUGAUCAUGAGCAAUGUCUUUAUUGGUCUUGCAAUCACUGCUGUGUAUAAAUAUGCCGAUGCCCUCGUCAAGUGUUUCGCGACCGCCUUUUCGACCGGAAUAUUGCUCUACCUAGCACCUCUUAUCUCCGAUACAACCCUGAGCUUUCUCGUUGUUCCGGGGACAUUUAUCAUCUUUGUCGCUACUUGGCUCUACAUGGAGAACCCCGCUCCAAAGCCCACCAAUACCAAAUCUGACUCCGAUCCCAAGACCGGCUUCUUCUCCAAACUUGGCGCCAUUGUUCAAAACAAAAGGGUGUUAUUCAUUUUCAUCAACACUCUCAUCACGGUCAUGGCUGUGAUGGCCUUGGCUAUGUACCAAGUGGCCAUGCCGACCAAGUCUAUAACCACUGCGCCUAGCGAUGAAAGCACGAAGGUGAUGACAACAACCGAAGAAGCCGACACUCCAAAGAUUGUCACAUCACCUUUUAAAAAUACCAUGGCCUUCAUCAGAUGGAACUCUGUUCAUCCCGAGCGCAUACCAACGUUGAUGAAGUAUGAGCCAUUCUUCCGCGACAUUCACAUCUCAAUGCCCGAUAUGAUGAAGGAUGAGGGACGCGGCCCAGAGUUUCACAACAUUACUCAUGACCAAAGUACCCUCACCUUUCACAUCUAUCAGCAGGUAGCCGACACAAUGCAACUGAUUCUCGACGAGGAGCCUGAAAUCGAUGGCCUCCUGUACUAUCACUUCGACGCCUGGAUCGACCCUCUGGCCUGGAGCAACAUCGACCGCAAUAAGAUCUACUUCCCCAUGACUUGGCCCGAGAUGAAACCUAAAGGACCCCAGUUCUCGUGCAUGAAUGACACAAAGGAUUAUGACUGGGGCGGGUGGGGCGGACCGCAUUACCACCUCAAAGCCCAACUUGCAGCUGCUCAGCUGGACCACUUGGACCUGGGUUUCAAAAUCGACAUCCACGAGUUCUGUGUCGGCUGGAGCGAUAUUUACUUCAUCCCCAGAAAGUUCUUCAAGGACUACAUCGUCGCAGCCCCAAUCUUCAAGUCUUUCGACGUCUUCCACGAGGUCGGCAUCCCAACUAUGCUGCACAUCAUCGAACAAAGCCAUCGCGAGUCCCCCUACGUGCCAGCCAUGGAGUUGUUUGCAGACUGCUGGGGCUAUUGCUGCGCUGAUAACCCCACCAUCUACGACGUCACAACUUAUCGGUGCGGCCAUCGACUUGACUACCGUAAUGAGGAGGUGACGGGGGCUUUUUACAAGAAGCUCGACGAGGAGGCGAAGUUCCUGGGACAACCCAUGAACGGGUCCCAUGUCGCAAACCUUACAGAAGCCUUUCCACCAAUAAAAGAGUCUGAUAAAUUGAAUUUGACUGCGGCGAGGGGUAAGAGGUAGCUAGCCUAUAGAUAGUUAGAUGAUAUUACAGCGUCACAGGCGCAAUAGCCAAUGAAUUUAGUUAUUGUAUGAUGUA